AGCACUACCAAAUUAGCAAAUUGUUUCUCAUCUUUUUUUACUUCCUUGUAAUUUCCCAUCCACUUGUCGUUGAUAUCUGUUUGGCUUGUUCACUUUUACCGUUGAAAAACAUCAAAGUUUGAGCGUCUGCAUCAGCCGAUCAGUUGUAUUUCAAGUCAACCAAGAUGUCUGAAGACCAAGACUAUGGGAGUGGAGAAGGAGGAAAGCGGUCAGCAGAAGAUCAGAGGCAAAACCAAAAUAAGCGUCCAAGAGGAGACUACAACCAGAUCAUAUUCCGCUUGAUGAUCAGGAGCAUCAAUGCUGGAGGGGUGAUUGGAAAAGGUGGUGAGAACAUCAAGCGCCUCAGGGUUGAUUAUGAUGCCAAGGUGUCCAUUCCAGAUUGCAAUGGGCCAGAGCGAAUCAUCAAGAUAGGUACCAGAAAUGUGGACAAUGCUAUUGACUGUAUCAAGGAUAUCAUUCCAAGUGUCGGUGAGAAGAAGCAUUCACAAGAUCAGCAGAACAACUCCUUCAUCAGGAUCAUGGUACAUCAGAGUCAUGCUGGGGCCAUCAUUGGAAGGGCAGGUUUUAAGAUCAAAGAACUCAGGGAGAAAACCGGUGCUCAUUUCAAGGUAUACACAGAAACCUGCCCCAAGUCCACCGACCGUGUUGUCCAACUCACCGGUAGCCCAGAUGUAAUCGCCAAGGCUGCUCGUGAGGUCUACGAGAUCUGUACUGAGACCGCAGUCAAGGGACCUGUGCAGGACUAUGACCCAUUUUGCCAUGAUCUGGACUUUUACAACCAAUACGGGGGAUACCUGUUUGAUCCAGCAGAGGAGGUUCAUGGAGGAGGUGAACGUGGCGGCUUUGGAGGUGAACGUGGUGGUGGCCAUUGGAACAGAGGUCCACCAAUGGGUCGCAGAGGUCGUAUGGGUUUUGAUCGAGGUAUGAGUGGUGGGAAUGAUAACUUUGGUGGUUUUAGCCGCAGCCCGUACGUUGGUGGUGGUGGUGGCGGCGGCGGUGGCGGACACCUGGGAGGAGGGGGAGGAGGAGGAGGAGGUAUGCGAGGAGAUAGAGGUGGCCGUGGACGGGGACGAGGAGGACGUGACGGUGGCGGCAUAGGAGGAAGACCCCGCUUUGAUCGAGAUCAGCAGUUCGGCGCCCAGGGCUUUGAUUUUGGUGGGGAUGCUGGUGGACGUGGCCAAUCCAACUUCGGUAGCGGAGGAGGUGGUGGUGCUGGUGCUGGCGGCUUUGAAGGCGGUCCUGGCGCUGGUGCUGGCGGGGAAGCAUCCCAGUCACAACAGGUCACGAUUCCCAAUGACCUUGCUGGCUCCAUCAUCGGCAGAGGAGGUCAGCGUAUCAAGCGUAUCCGUAUGCAGUCUGGAGCGCAGAUCAAGAUUGACGACCCUCUUUCAGGCGCCAAGGAUCGAAUCAUCACCAUAACAGGUACGCAACAUGACAUUGCUCAUGCCAAGUUCUUGUUACAAAAUAGUGUUAAGGAGUAUCAAAAUAGUGGAGGAGCACUUCAGUAAUCAGAAAAUUAAUAAUUAGAAAAAGGCUUUCCUCAGAGGAUCUCUAUGGUCCAAACUGUAAAUAUCUGUGGAGGUGAUGGUGAAAUCACAUCAUUUAUUUUUAUGCCACAAAUUGCUCUGGGGAACCUAGCUAAUAUCUACCCUUUUUUACCUGUGGAAUUCUUAUUGCUUUCUAGCAUUUUAGUUUUGUGCAUAAGACUUGAAAAUUGACAAGGACUUUCUUUCCUUUUAUAAACCAUGUGCCUAUUAAAUUUUUUAAUAAUUUAAUUUGUUCAUCAAUAUUUUAGUUAGAUAUUAACACUUUUGAAUUAAAAGUAAUGCACAUUUUUGUAGUUAUUUUAUGCUUAUGUAAAUAAUUAAUAAUUCAACUGUUUCCACGCAGACCGGCGUGGUAUUUCCUUAAAUCAAAUUAGAAUUCAUAAUUUUUGAGGUUUUCAAAACUAAAUUGCAAAAGUCUUUUAAAAAAUGGGGCUCCCCCCUCCCCCAACAAAUUGGAAUGGUAAAAGCAUUUUUUUGACAGAACAAAAUGGUACAGACUGAUGAAUGUACAUGUAGAGAUGAGGAUUUCUUAUUUGGUGUCAUCUCCGACUUGAAGAAAGAAUCUCUUUAAAGCAGAAACUUAAUAUUCUUUGAGCUGGAGAGAAGAAACACAACACCUGCAUGGCCUUUUGGGAUAAUUGGAAAUCCAUCCUUGAUUUCAAUUUGAUUUCAAUUUGAUUUCAAGUUGCUUUGAAGGAAAGCAAAAAAAAAAAAUCAAUAAUAAAAAAUCAAUAUAACAAGAUUGGUUGCAUUCUGAACAAAAUCUGAUUAACAAAAAUAAAGUUUCAAAUAUUUUCAAAAUUUAGAUCACAGACUUUGGGAUUACAAAUUUGGUAAUGUCUAUCUCGAGCAUUGUUGGGUAGUUCGACUUUAUCUUUCAAUAGAAUAUAAUAUAAUCUUUCAAAACUGCAUCACCAAGUAGGAGCAGGAUUUUUUUUAGGGGUAUUUUAUUGGUUGCAAUCCACAAUAUAUCUUGAGAGAGUUUAACUCCAAGGGAAACGAUAAUUAGAGGACAAGGAGUGUUGGAAAUUGAGGAUAGCUUAAUGCUAGAGCUGUCCCAGUUACAUGUCUGUCGUAUAACAAACUUUCAGAUUCAGAUUCACAUUAUAUGAUCAGUUCACACUUACAAAGUUCCCAUACAUUACUUACCCUUUUCAGAUUUUGUUCAGACACUGUACUUGUACCAACCUGUUUCUCUCAUUUUUCUGCUUUCUCAAAAUUGACGUGUUAGUGUUUAAUACAAAGGUUAGAUUGCCAAUUCCUUUUAGAGGGCAGGUGUCAUGCCUGACUAAAGGGGAAAUCAACAGUACUGUGCAUUUAUCUUUAACAUUCGUGGCUCUGUGCUCUCAUUAGCUUGUCAUAUACAUGUACUUUAUUCUUUUACAAAAAAAUAGUAAUUCCAAGAAAUAUUUCCUUACAUUACUAAACAUUAUUCUGACAUCUCAAAAAUGUAAUUGUUAGAAAUCUAGGUAUUUGAUGUUACAUGUAGUGUGUUAUGCAAUCAGUAAAACGUAGAAGGAAGCUAGGAAUUGGAAUUUAGAAGUAUGCUAAAUCCAGUUUCAUGAAAUUCUACAUUUACAGUUUUAAAAACAUAAGUACGGUAGCUAAAAAGUUGUGUUUAGAAAACUUUAGAUAUAUAUGAGAAGGAAUCCUGAAACACAGUUGGGAAAAAAAAGGAAAACUAUUGAAAUAUUUUCUGCAGAUGUCAGCAAGUUUAUUUCCUUCUGAAUUCUCUAUGAUGGUGUAAAUUAGUCUUGUGGUUGUAAUUGGUGUUGAAUAUCUUGCUUAAAAAAUGGGUUACAUGUUUUAAAUUGUUGAGUCCAAUUGUAAGGUAGACAUGGGCAGUUGUUUGCUACCUGUGACAUAGUUAUUGUGACAUGAUUGUGAAUAUGAGUAAAUCCCACUUAAACCUUUAAAUUAAUUGUUCGAUGGGAAUGAUUCGGCUGGCAGAAGUACAGGCUUAUCUAAAUGAAGCCCCGACUUAUGGAAACGAACAUCUACGAUUCCAGAAUUCCAGUACCUAAAUGUCAAAGACUUUGUCAGCAGUUUUAACUACAAAUUUGCCCUUUAAAGGCUGACAGUCCCUCAUCUUGUAUAACCAUAUCCAUUUUAUCCCAAUGUGUUUUGUUUUUGUUGCUGUUUUGUAUUGAAACAUUUGAAUCCAAUAAAUAUCCAUUUGCUUUAACAAGCUA